AUGCGCCAGGCGCAGAAACUCGGCGAGAGGCUGCAGGGGGAGGAGAUCAAGUUUCUGUACUGCAGCCCAUUUCUUCGCACUGCCCAGACAGCACACCAGGUGGCCACUGUGCUGGACCUACCAGUGCGUGUGGAGCCUGGCCUUGGCGAGUGCCUUCUUAAGAGGCUGUACGACAAGAUGCCGAAGCUGAGGAGCCCCCAGGAGCUCAAGGAGUGGCAUGACAUGCCAUUGAUUGAUGCCACAUACACUUCCAAGUGGGCUCUUAAGUACCCUGAGUCCUACAAGGAGGUCUUCGAGAGGUGCAAACUGGUGUUUAGGGAGAUGGCCGAGAGGCACAAGCAAGGAGAUGUCCUACUGGUGGCUCAUGGCCUCCCACUUGAGUAUAUGGCAAAGGCUGCUGCUCCCCAUGCCUUCAAGCAGGGCAAUAUGACGUACUGCUGUCUCACAGAGUGCAUCCAGAGCGAGGGCCAAUGGAGCUUCGGGGCUUUCAUGGAGGACGGCUUCCUUGAAGAGAGGCAAGAUAUGACGGACGCCAAAGCUCAGGAGGCCCUGUGGAAAUCCUCCUAG